AGACAGAGCGGGCGGAUGACGAAGAUGACGAGAACAGGCACAAGCGGUGGAACGCCAGACUUCUGCACAAUGUUCCCACGAACUACAACUACCAUCAGCACAGUGUUUCAGAAGCACAGAGAGCACAGCAUAAAAUGUCCACGGAUCUGUACAGGAAUUCAGAGUAUGACAAGCUCUUCUUGUCACUCAUGUCACCACUGCCGAAUGAGCAGGACUUUGCCAUCAAUGUCUGCACGCUGAUGUCCAAUGAAGGCAAGCACACGCUGAAGAUCGAGCGAUGUCCAAAGCUUAUUGACAUUCUUCUGGCGCACGCAGGACUCUUUCAACAUCACACAAUGAGGGACAUCUUCACGGAAUACUAUUCGAAGAUUCGGAAGCACUCGUUGCAAACGUUCUGGAAUGAUUGUCUGCAGGACAAGCCGCAAAUACUCGAGUUGUCGUUUGACGACUACUUCACCAAUUCGGAUGAGAAACUGGUGCGCGCCGCCGAGGUGGUGAGCAAACAUUUGCAGCGAGAUGUGCAGGAUGUUGUGCUGGUGGAGGAGGCGGAAAAGGACUGCAGCUUGGAAGUGGCGGAGAUGAGUUUCCUGAGCUUGGGCCGCGGAUUGGGCACUCAUGAGUACAUUGGACAGCGAAUAACGCAGAUAUCGACGAUCAUUCGCAAUCUGAGCUUCAUUGAGGACAAUGUGCCUGUGUUGGCGCGAAAUCGGGCGCUCGUGCGCUUCCUCGUGAUGAGUGCCAACAUCCGCUGGAGCAAUCUUCAUCACAUGGGUCUGGAUAUAUUGGGCAAUCUGGCCCUGGAACUGGAGCUGAGUGAUCCCAGCACGGACGACCUGACGCGGUGUCUCCUGUCGACGAUUACGGAAGGGCUGGAGUCGCAGGAUCGUGGAGUUAUCAUCAGUUGCCUCGAAGUAUUAUACAAGCUAUGCCAAAAAUCCUCAAACGACGACCACUUGCAGAAGUGUCUGGACAAGAAGGUGUAUCGCCAGGUGUGUCUCUAUCUCAGCCUCAACGAUAUCAUGCUUCUGCUGUACACACUCGAGUGCAUCUACGCGCUGAGCCUGCUCGGCGAGCGCUCCUGCAAUGCCAUCGUUCAGGUGCGAGGAGUUGUGGACACUCUGGUGUCACUGGUCACGGUGGAGGCGCAGAGUUACGGUGCUGACGGAUGUAUUCUGAUGCGUGUUGUUGAGACAGUGCCGGGAAAUGCACACUUCUCUUCGCUGGCGUCGCACAACAUCAUCAACAGUGGCUCAAUGAUCAACCAUCCGGCUAAUCUCAUGACUCACUCCACCUCUGGCUACUCAACUCACUCAUUGACCACCCUUAGCCAACAUGAUGCUCAAAAAAUUUGCACAUCAAUUCCACCGCUGGUCGCCAACAACAGUCCCAUCAAGGCGAUCAUGCCCUCACAGUUGGUGUCGAGUGUAGCAGCCGUGCCGGUCGGCGUGGCUUCACCCAAAUUACCACAAAGUGCCCAAAACAAUCCCAAUGUGGCGAUAGCCAAUGCCCAGAACAGUGCAGCAUCGAAUGUUCCGGUGAUUUCUGUUGAUUCGCAGUCUUCGCAGCAGAAUUCACCAACUGUCGCGGCAAAACACGCUCAACAGCAAUUGAUACAGGAGAACGAACAAUUUGCCCUGGCCUGGCUGAGGGCGACUUUUGAGCCCGCCGUCAAUCUCAAUACGCGCAUUGAGCAACAGGAAUUGUAUAAAAUGUACAUAACAGCGAGUUCUAAAUUGGGACGACGAGGUGUGGUGUCUCCAGUGCACUUUCCUCGGUGUGUCCGGUCGGUUUUUGGCGGCACUGUUGGACCGAAUCCUAUGAAGCUGGAACAAGUGCCAUCGGAUAGUCCUCAGUUCUAUUAUGAGGGCAUCAAGAUCCGCGCGAAGCCUCUGCCUGUGGUGCACAAGGGGAUGAUCGUGGUGAGUUGGGGAAGAUUCGCUUGCUUUUUCCUUGUUCAUGUGCUGCACCUUCUUUCUCUGUUUCGAGUUGUCUUCUGCUUUUUGUCUUCGACGGGGGGAGAAAGUUUCUCUCUGUCUUCGGGGGGAAUGGUAGAAUUUACUUUGAUUACACUACAUGAAUAGAUUAGUUGUUGUUGGUCUUUUUUUCUGGUGGAGGGCUCAGUAUUGUGAAUGCUCUUCUCUGUCCUGUGCUGCUAUGCUUCUUGAAAUCGACAUGCUAGAUGAUAAACACUGACAUUACCU